AACAGAGCUCUGGCUCCGCGAGGGUUAAACUCAGCCAGGCAGCGUCGACUGGAGUCAGCUCCUGUUGGAUUCUGUUCACAGUCACAGCAGCAGUUCGUCCUCACACCGAGAGCAGGUGGGAGAGAGAGAGAGACAGAGAGAGAGAGAGGGAACAUCUCAGGACUCAACUUGUGGAUCUGCUGCUGCAGGAUGGAAACAUCUCUGUGAAUCUGUGCUGUGUUUGUCAACAUGUCAAUAAGUCGCUCACGAUGAUUCCAUCAAAUCCCGGCUCGGAGCCGCAGACCGGGGCGGACAUUACAAGUUUUUUUAUCGUGUUUGCUGCUCGUCUUCUUCCGUGAGAGGAGCCUCCACAGACCAGAAGAUGCUCAGCCACACAACAUGAGGCGGGACCCCGAAGUGGUCACCGGGAUCACGUCGUCUUAACCUGCUGCACUUGGACUUUAUUUCUCGUGACGUGACCGAAUGACUUGAGUGAAAAAUGAACAAAACAAAGCCUCGGUCGACCACCGCGCUGCCGCCGGACACCAUGGACAUCAUCCGGAGCAAGACUCACUCCCGCCGGGUGAGACUCAACGUGGGUGGCCUCCUCCACGAAGUCCUGUGGAGGACGCUGGACAGACUGCCUCGCACCAGACUGGGCAAACUGAGGGACUGCAACACGCACGACUCCAUCAUGGAGAUAUGUGACGACUACACCCUGGACAACAACGAGUACUUUUUCGACAGACACCCGGGGGCCUUCACCUCCAUCCUCAACUUUUACCGCACCGGCAAGUUGCACAUGAUGGAGGAAAUGUGCGCCCUGUCUUUCAGUCAAGAGUUGGACUUUUGGGGCAUCGACGAGAUCUACCUGGAGUCCUGCUGCCAGGCCAGGUAUCACCAGAAGAAGGAGCAGAUGAACGAGGAGCUGAAGCGCGAGGCCGAGAACAUGAGGGAGCGGGAGGGGGAGGAGUUUUCUACUACGUGUUGUUCUGAGAAGAGGAAGAAACUCUGGGACCUCCUGGAGAAACCGAGCUCGUCGUUUGCUGCCAAGGUAAAUAAAACCCGCGGCCCCAAAACACAUACACACGCACAGGCCGCGACCCUCCAGCAGAUGGCGCUCUAGGCAACCACCUGCAUCUCCUUUUGCCAAGAGCUCUGGCUCUGAC